AUGGCAGAGUUAACUCUAACAGAGAUUUAUCAAGAGCCUAAUACCUUUAUUAGACUCGAAGGUGGUAGAAUACGGGCACUUUGGUCCUACAAGUCGACUUCUAUUGAAGACGAUGAAUUGCCACGAGCGCUCCGUCAUCUUGACUGGCUGAAAAAAGUUGCAAAAGAAGCCCGGAGAGAUCUUUCUCAUUUGGUUGAUGAUGUGCACGGAUGGAUAAAAUUUACGAUCCCUUUCAAUACAGACCCGAUUGUUCUUGUGGAGCGAAUUCGAGCUCGACAAGAAACAAUUGAUGAGCUUCACAGAAGGAUUGCAUUAGUGCGUAAAACCUGCGAAAUCUACGAAAAAGCAAUCAUCAAACAAGAGAGUACAAUUUAUUGCUACAUUCGCUCGAUCGAUACUCUUGAAGAAGGAGAAAUUGUUUGA